UUUAUUUUUUUAUUUUGUCUUCAUCUCUCUCCCUCUUUUUACCUUAUUGUCUGCUGCGGACUUUGGGCCAUGAAAUCUUUAAUCACGGAUGUCCCUCCAGAAAUUUUUAGAUUGUUGCGAGAGCACUGGUCAGAAUGGGAAGAUAGCAAUAUUGAUGCUUACUCAGCUACUGUCAUUAAAAUUGGUCCCUGCAGCUUGCUAGGGGAGAGAGCAGGAAGUUUUGGGGGAGAAAUGAUUUACUCGAACGAAUACAAUUGUGCACCUUGUGGACAACUCAAAUGGUACACAUUUUUACUAUCGUUCCCCAAAUGUAAUUGGUUGCCUAAGUUUGCUCUACUAAGGUUGCAUUUCUAAUACUCUUUAUAUCACAUGAUGAUCAUGUGUUACGAAGGCAGCUGAAGAAGGGUCAAGCCCAGCCACUGAUGACCCAGGUUUGGGCCCUAGUAUUGUCAAACGGCCCACUAGAAAGAAAGGCACACCCGCCUGGAUGAAGGACUACAGCUGUUAAUAAAGAACAAGGGAAAGUUAAGCGGUGGACCAAUAGAAGUAGGACAAGUAUGAUAAGCGGUUAGUUGUAGAUGUGAAACGUGUAACUGAAUGUGCUACGUGUAGUAGAGAAGUAU